AUGAGUGAAUCCGGAGAUGUAGCUGUAGUACCAUGUGGUCCUGGACCUCUUCCUGAUGUCUCCUAUCCGCUGAAUGUUACAUAUUGUGGAGAAUGUUCAAUGCCACUGGAGUACUGCGAAUACUCGGGCAUGACGGAUAAAUGUCGGAAAUGGAGCGAAGAGAACGCGCCAGAAGCUCUCGAGGGGAUUGAGAUAAGCGAUGAAAAUCUUGAAGAAAAGAAGCAUCAGAAAAGAGGAGGCAAAGGAACUGUGAAGACUGUGAAGAAGAAGGUGGUAACAGGCGCUACAAAAGUGACCCUUCAGCGGGAACCACGAGGAAAGAAGAGUGUCACAGUCAUAAGAGGGCUGGCAACGUUUGAAAUUGAUCUCAAACAAGCGUCGAAGCUUUUUUCGCAGAAAUUUGCGUGUGGUAGUUCAGUGACGGGUGCGGAUGAAAUCGUCAUACAAGGUGAUGUGAAAGACGAUUUGUUGGACAUGAUACCGACGAAGUGGCCUCAGGUCCAAGAAGAAAUGAUCGAGGACCUCGGAGAUAAGAAGAGGUAG